AUGAGAGACAAUGAGAACGUUUCCGCUGAUGCAAAAAGCUCGUUUGAGAAUUUGGUGCACAUAGCUAGCAAUAUGUCGCAAGAAUUUCAAAGAUUAAAACAGGAUGACAGAUUUGAGUCAAGACAUUCCAACCAUGGCCCAACGUUUGAUUAUCCAUCGCAAUCACCCACUCCUUCAUUAAACACAUCUGGCUACGUAAGAGAAUCGGGCUCAAACACACCAUCCAAUGUGACCACGUCUCCAACAAACCAACAUCAUACUCAAACUGACAAACACGGGAAAGUUAAAAGGAUGGCAUGCGUUGAAUGCAGGCAGCAGAAAUCUAGGUGUGAUGCCCAUGAACGUCACCCAGAACCUUGUACUAGGUGUGCUAAAAAGCAUUUGAAAUGUGACUUGAAAUCAGAUUAUAAAAGGACAUACAAGAGAGCAAGAAUAGCUCAAAUUGAGAAGGAGUUUAUGGAGCUAAAACGAACAUUGAAUACCACUCAAGCCGCCGAGCUUCUUUCACGAUUUCCGUCGUUAGCAAACAGUGAAAACAAGGAAAGUGGCAUUGGCAAUGACUUGAGCUCAGAGGAGAACAAAGAUCGCGAGGUACCGUAUACAGGAGAAAAGGACAAAGCUAGCCCCGUUCAAGUGCAGAUACAUCCGACGAAUAUCCAUGCACCUACUCAACCACAAAACACAAAUGUACGCAACGUGGCUAUCGUUAACGAACCACAGGUUUGUCAAACCACACAAAGUUCGAAUAUUCCGUUGGAAAAUCAAAACUCGACUUAUGAUGCCAAGCUUUCCAACAAUAAUACGUUAAAACUACCUCAAGAUUUAAGGCUUUCGGAGGAGGUACUACGUUGCGAAGACAAAUCUGUUGAGUCUAUAACUUUGACCUCGAGCACAAUCAAAGAGCUUUUCAUGGAAUAUGUUUUGCGAUAUCACCCGAUUUUCCCAGUUGUUGACGUUACCAAAGGACCUGAAAAGAUUUAUAGAUUAUGUCCCCCUUUGUUCUGGGUCAUUAUAUUUGUUUCCUUAAGAAGGUUUAAAGAGGGAUUUUCCAAGACUUUAUUGAUUCAAUUAUCACCCAUAGUUAAAGGCAUUCUCGCUGAGAUUAUGAUUUCACCAAUAACGAGAUACAAUCCCACGGAAGAGGAUGAAUCUAUUUAUAAUGUCAGUUCUGUUUACUCGGUUCAAGCUUUCUUGUUGUAUUCAUAUUGGCCACCAAUCACAUCCUCACUUAGCGCUGACUCAUCGUAUAGUACUGUUAGCACGGGGUUUUUUCAAGCCAUACGGAUCGGAUUACAUGCACCUUCUUCGUUUAGCAGUGUAAAAAGUACAGAUGGACAACCUGAGAGCAAGGCUCUUCAGCAACAAAGCAUGUUGCAGGAACAAGUCAAGACUUGGAUAGCAACGAAUGCGGCAUCCCAAUUCAUAGCCACUGCGUUUGGGUAUCCUGCGUGCGUCCAGUUUGAUUCCUCCAUUUGGUACUACAGUCGGCCCGGGAGUGACGUUCAAAUUCCCGAAGAGAUCAAAUCGAUGUUGGCCAUUGCCCAAUUCGAAGAUCAAAUGGCUAGAUCACUCAAUUCCAACCCGAUGGACCCUUGUGGACUUAGUGAUGCAAAUGAAAGGGUAUCGUUGUUAAAGUUACUUGAAAAGAGAGUAGAUGAGUUGGAAGUGAUGAUUUCUCAUACAACUCUGCAUGAUGCAUUCAAAUUUAGAAUGUUUGAGAUCUUGGCAUCUAAAGUACAUCUAUUCAGCUACUACUUUAUGGACUCCUCCAAGAUAUCCGAGUUUGAGCUAAAGACUGGUUUAGUCAAACUUUACAACGCUGCAACGAGAUUGGUUUCAUUUACUCAAAAUUGUCAAACCGAAGAUAAAAAAUUCAUUAAAUAUCUUCCCGGAGUGUAUUUGCUAAAUCUCUGGCAAGCUGCGUGUAUUAUAGGGAAAUUGGUUCAUUCCAGUUUGAAAGCUGUAAUCGACGUAACCGUUGGUAAACAGAGUUACGAAGCGGUCGUCAGUUUGACUGCUAGGGCUUCCAUACUUAAACACGAUAUGGCAAUCCGAUCAAGUGGUAUCACAAGAAACAUGUGGCUGCUUUUCCGGCAAUUGGAUAGCCAAAAUCUAAACAGUUUGAGCAUCAACAUAAGAAAUAGGAUGGCUGCAUCAGUAUUCUUUGAUUGUUUGAAUUUGAUUAGAGAGAAGGCGGGAAUGACAAACUUGCGAGUAAAGACUGAUGAUCGAAGCCCAGUCCAUGGAGCAACUAUAGAAGAGGGACCGUUGGAGAAUUUGCAAGGAGAAGAAUACCUGGAUACAGAGGCCCGUAAUGAUCCUCACCGUAAAGACAAACGGUCUUUAUCGAAUGAAGAAGACGCUGAACAAAGAGCAAGAAAGAUUAUAAGAACAAUACCUUUAGAUCCUGAGCCGAUUUCAGCAGGCACAACAAAGCGAAGCUCCAUCUUUAAAGUUGUAAACACAUCGGCCGAAUCCACGCCAAUGGUGAAAGGAGAUCACAACACCCCAGACUCAAAUAGCUAUCCGCAAGGUAGCCCUCCAUUUGCAACAGAUUCUCAAUUUGGACAUGCUUCUCGUGGUGUGGCAACCCACCAAGAGCAAUUGUCAGCUACCCCAUCAUUCUCGCAUCAUCAUGCACAUGCUCUUACUCAGCUGGGAGAUCAGUUGCACAACUUAAAGAACGAUUUUCAACCUCAGGGUUCCAACACGUCUUACCAACAGCCACAAUCAACCUCGACGUUCAAUGAUUCUCCAUUGCAACUGGGUUUAGAAAGUUUGGACUUGGACAGGUUCGACGGUGAUAUGUUGUGGAGAGACGUUGACAGUGUCAUGAAUGAUUUUGGAUUCCAUAUGGUUUAA